UAUAGUAAUAUGCUAUAUAUAUAUACAUAUAAAUAAAGCAUAUCAGGGUUAAAAAGAGGUGUUCACCAUAUGAGGGUCCGUUUGUGGAUCACGUAGACAACAUAUUAGGAGUUAUCAUGAUACUAUUAAAGGAUGUUCUAUUAAUUGCGUUUAUUAUAAGAUAUAUGUAUUAACCUACGUAUCAUUAGUAGAUAGUCUAUUGUGUGAAUGAGUAGGCGUAGGCCAAUGGUAUCUAGGCAUGCGCACUAACGGCGUGUCUAUUGGUCAGGAGGUCAUAACACUGGGGGGUAGGUGUGUCGGGUAUUCUGUGGAUCACCUAUAGGGGAUAUAUAUCGAACCAGUGCAGAAUGAAGAUACCCCUGAUCCUCCAAACACCCUGAUCCUCCAAACACCCUGAUCCUCCAAACGUCUGAGCGCUAGGCUAAGCUAGUAGACUCGUCAUAGCGGCUGCAGAAGAAAGGAGAAGAAAGAAAAACAGCUACUACAACCUGCACAACUAUGCCUACUGACUUGAUUUCUGACGUCGGCUAUGAGAGCGUGAAAAGGCAUCAGGUUCCACGCGCACCAGGUGCUGAUAUUCGGUUGAAUAAUCAAAGAUCGAUACUCGGUGAUCGGACCAAUGUGGGGGCCAGCAGUAGUUAUGUACCUAUCGUGGAUGGUGUGAAACAGUGGACCCCUGGAUCAAACCGUCUAACCAAGAAAAAUAACAAAAGACCCAAUCUAGGACCGGCUCUACCUCUACCCAGCUCUCCGCUAGCAGUGGUGCAACAGCAGAUCCCGUAUAAAAAGGGACGCAAGGACACCGCACAUAGUGUUUUAACUCCAGAGAAUUUUAACUUGGUUCUCCAUGCUGUCAUAAACCCUGAAAUCGCCCACCACGGGGGUGGAUGGUCUGAGUCCAAACAGCCGUUGAUUGAGACAUCGGUUGUACCUGUGUCUGAGCCGGCUGCAGAGACCGUUACUGUACAGCCGGAUGGAGGCAUUCAGCAUGUCCUUGGAGACCCUCAGGAUGCACCACUACCAGAACUGACCGAUGAGGAUCUCGAGGGUCUUACCGACGUUCCGUUGUGGCCCUCAGCGCUGUUGGAACAGCUCGACUUCACUCCCGCUCAUUGGAUAGACCCUCCAGCUACUUCCGUAGUGGGUACCACCAGGGCAGAGCCUGUAAACCAUCAGCCUGCAGCCCCCGCCUCUGGAUCACGACCCAUCCUCAUCCAGGCCUCUAUCCACAAUCCACCAGGCACUGUGAGUCGUCCCACCGCCAUCGGAGCAGUGGCUACGCUGCUACCCGACGGCUCAGCGGCUGCUGCUGAAUACAUUGCGGGUGGUCCAUGUACCAACUGUUGUAAGGAUUGUGUUGGUAAAUUAACCUUGGUAACUACAGCAGUUGAUGUAAACUCCUUAACCAUUGGUCGUCAGUGUAAACUGGGUGCAUUGUCUGUGAAACGUAUUGACAGCAGAUUUCAGACUAUCGAAGAGCAAACGGAGCAGUCACUCGAGACCAUCGGGGAAAUCAAGGACGAGCUAGUGCGUUACGGUCUGGCUAUAGAAUCAAUACAGCAGCAGAUUUUGGUUGUCGAGGCAGCAGUGCGUGUUAACACUCUGGCUUUGGAUAGGGGGCUUCUGAUAUCUAAUAUGGCGCGGAAAAUUUGGCUAAUUGAAACUACGGCGCAGGAUAACAUCAGGGCCUACAAGGCCAUGUCUGCCCGGAUGACUAUCAUGAAUGAUGCUCUGGAUAUGCUUACGAUGAAUCGUUAGUAUUUGAUUUGUGGUUUUGGGGUGUUCUUUUUAUUUUUUUUUGUUUGUUAUCUUUUUCGUUUAUUCAGUGGAGAGGGUUUUUUUGUUUUAAACUGAACGUAAUAAAACUUUUUUCUUUUAAUAUCUGACUAAUUAACUUUUUUUUUUUUUAUCUAUUGGCAUAAAAACUAUAGCUGAACACAAUGCAUAAAGCUAUUAGCCCCAGAAAAAGGAAAUUCAAAUCUGUAGACGGUAAUCCCAAGAGACGGCGUAGAUCUGAUAGCGGGGGUAGCAUUAUGGAUGUAGAUCUUGAAGAGAUGGCUAUGAGGUAUGAUACAACCGGCGAUACGUCUGUAGGCCGUGUGGGGGGUGGGGGCAUGUGUGCUGAAGGUGGUUUAGACAUGCGGGAAAUACGUGCUGACAUAGCUAGAACUAGACGUGUGUUAAUUGAUGCUAAUGUAGGGGGUAAUAGAAUGACGGCUGCACUAGACAGGGCUGCUAUGAUAAAUGUUUCGAACGAUCCGUGUGCAGAUGGAGGGGAGGUGUGUGUGGGGUUAGAUGUCCCCGGGGAUUUAGACACACGGGAUGUGUUGUAUGCGGCGGCGUACACCAGAGAUGUACUUAACACUGUCGAUGGGUGGCUGGCUAGUGUACAAGAGAGGCUCGACAUAGCCGAGCAGAUAGACAUAACAUCACCGAUAGAUGUAUUGCAUGUGUCGCAACGUGACGAAGGGGAUGGUGAGGGUUUUCAGGAACCCCUGGCGGCUGCAGGGGGUAGGACUGGUGACUCUAUAGAGCCGAAUA